AUGAGACUAGUCAUUCCAAAAAGAUUACAACUACACAAGUCUGUUUCGAAGAACGCAUAUUCAACUAUCACAAGUGGAAUCCAGGGUGUUGAUGGAAGACAGCCUUGGAGUUUUUACCACCAAGAUGAUAGUAGUACACCAGCUUCAACAUCUUUAUCUGUCACUGAUCCAUAUGUCAUCUACCAAAGUUAUAUUCAACAAGGGUUAUUAGAGAAAGAUGAAUCACAGUUACGUGCCAUGAAGGAGUUUCAGAAACUUUACCAUCGUGUUAUGGAAUAUACUCCUCCAGAAGACUUACUGAUAAAGUUCAAAUUAUUAGUACGUCAAAUUGAAGCAGAUUAUGAAAAAGCAGAAAAAUCAAAGAAUCAGUUCUCUCCUUUGAGGUUAUUUCAAAGAGAUCCCGAAGCUAGCAGGAUGCAGAUUGUUAGAUACAUGACUGACGAGGAAGAGUUGCGUAAUUUUGCAUCACCGCAGGGCUUACUUGUUAAUGGUGAAGUCGGUUGUGGGAAAUCAAUGUUGAUGGAUAUUUUUGCAGCUUGUUUACCAUAUGAAUCCAAGAUGCGUUGGCAUUAUAAUAACUUCAUUUUAUGGGUAUUCAGUGAAAUGCACCACAUUCAACAAAAGAGAAUGAGACAACCAAUUUCAAGGGAACAUAGGUAUACCAUGGAAAAUGAGUUUCUCCUCUAUGAAGUAGCACAGAAAAUGAUUCAAAAGAAUACCGUGUUGAUGUUGGAUGAGUUUGUACUCCCUGAUAUAGCAUCGGCAAAUAUUAUUAAGAUUUUGUUUACGUUCUAUUUCAAGCUUGGUGGAGUUCUUGUGGCAACAUCUAAUAAAUUACCUGAAGAAUUGUAUUCUACAAAGUUUAACAAACAGAAGUUCAAGGAUUUUGUCGGGAUAUUGAACUCAAGGUGCCAUUCUAUUGAUAUGAACUCCGAGAAGGAUUAUCGAACCUAUUUUGCCAGUGAGUCGAAAUGCACUCCUUAUAUGAUAAGUAAAAAGGACAACCCAGACAACAAUCAGAAAUGGUUACUGUUGAUCAAGAGUCAAGCAUUGAAGAUACCGGCAGAUUCCAAACUAAUGGAUGAAAAAUAUUCCUUGUUCGAUUUAGGCGGUCAACCUACCUCCGUUUCUGUAUAUGGUAGAACUACAAAAAUUCCAUUAUCUUUCAACGAGCACCGAGUUUGCUAUUUGGAUUUUGAAGAUAUCUGUCAAGGGUUGUAUUAUUCUUCUGACUACAUUACUAUUGCAUCCAAAUUCAAAACAAUAAUUCUAGAUAAUGUUCCAAUCAUGACAACUAAGAAGAAGAAUGAAGCUAGACGAUUCAUCACAUUGUUGGAUGCGAUUUAUGAAUCUAAAUGUCAAUUUUUUAUGAGAAGUGAAGUUGAUGUCGAUUACUUGUUUUUCCCUGAAGUUCAGCAUAAAGACAAUAAAGAACUUAUGGCCUAUUUGAAAGACCACGAAGACAGGCAUAUUAGUGGAGAGGUAUUCGAAGUUCAGGAUGAAGAAGCAUUUGCACGUGCAUCGAUAGAUUUACUGAGUCCGUAUCGUCCUAAUGUUUCUACAUACGAUCAGUCAUACACCAAGUCAUUCGAUGAUUAUAAGGAGAAUAACAAUUCCGAAAGAAACUAUACAAAUACCAAGGCAUUCACGGGAGAUGAUGAAAAAUUUGCUUUCAAGAGAGCUGUUUCGAGAAUUAAAGAGAUGGUUGCUUCGGAAUUCUGGAGAUCUGAAGACCGUUGGGUACCUUUAGAUGCUACUAUGAGACCAUGGGAAACUCCACUGGAAACGCUAAUUAAAACAACUAAGGAGAAACAGACAAUCAAUGACAGUAAUAGCACCUUUGAUGCAAACAGCAUUGUAUUGGAUAAUAAUCGAAAGGCAUUAACUGUUGAAUUAGCUGAUUCACUCCCAAAAGAUUAUGCUGUAUCGAAGGGUAUACCAUUCAGACUUUUCAACUCGCUUGUUGCUCCUAGGUUUGACAGUUUACAGCAUUUUUGGGCAAUGGGAAAAUGGACAAUGGCAAAUGGACAGAGAUUAAAGGAUUCUAUUGGUAGAAGCUGGUUAAUUUCAAGUAUUAGAGGAGACAGUGAGAGAUCUCGUUAG